AUGGCCCUCCGCUGCGCCCGUGGCGUCUUCUUCAAUCGCCUGUCCACCACAUCCUCCUCCCGAACCUUCUCCUCCUCGCCGCGAGCAUUGGCAGAUCAUGUACGCAUAGUCGAAGUGGGCCCGCGAGAUGGCCUACAGAACGAAAAGACUGCGAUAUCUCCCGGGACCAAGGUAGAGUUGGUGCGAAGACUGGCCAAGACGGGCCUGGAUACGAUAGAAGCCGGGUCGUUUGUGCAUCCCAAAUGGGUCCCCCAGGUAGGCAUCGCGGAAGCAGAAACAGCUGCGAGGCAUUCAAAUAUUGAGUGAAAUCAGAUGGCCGCAUCAGACAACGUUCUCUCCUCCAUUCUCGCCAAUCCUCCCACAAGUCCCAAGCCUAUGACCUACCAAUGGCUUCUCCCCAAUGCCAAAGGUCUAGACAACUAUCUCAAGGUCAUGCAAUCUUCGGCUUCAUCCCCAGAUGGCUAUCCCACACCACCUCCCUCGCCUGGGAAUGACAGUGGUCCGGCGAUGAACACAUCCAGCGCCGACCCCAACGCGAUGCCCUCUUCGGCUUCUGGCGGUGCCGAGGUCAUGUCACAGUCUCCCGAGAGUCAGCAACAACAGCACCAAGUCUCCAUUUUCAUGGCUGCUACCGAGUCUUUCAGCAAGAAAAACACCAACUGCACAAUUCAAGAAAGCCUCGACCGCUUUGCUCCUCUGAUUGCCGACAGCCGGAAAGCAGGCUACCCCGUGCGAGCCUACAUCUCCGUCGCGCUGGGAUGUCCUUUCGAAGGACCGGAUGUAGAUCCUCACCGCGUGGCCGAGAUAGCCAUUUCUCUGCUUGAGCUGGGCGCAGAUGAGAUCAGCGUCGCGGACACCACGGGCAUGGGAACAGCUCCGAGGACCAGAAAAUUGCUGCAGACACUCAAAGAGGCCGGCAUCAGUAAUGAGGAUCUCGCUCUGCAUUUUCACGAUACUUUCGGCCAAGCACUGAUCAACACCAUGGUAUCCUUGGAGCAUGGUGUGAGAACGUUUGACAGCGCGGUCGGUGGACUUGGUGGGUGUCCCUUCAGCCCAGGAGCCACCGGGAACUGCGCGACCGAGGAUCUGGUUUACUUCCUGCACAGCUUAGGUGCGAAGACGGGAGUAGAUCUGGAAGAGGUCUGCAGGAUUGGUGACUGGAUCACAUCUGAGAUUGGAAAAUCGAAUGGCGCAGAUGCAGGCCGAGCCACGCUGGCGCGGCUCAAUCGAAAUGAGUAA